AUGGCAGAAUUUAGUAUUCCCAUUAGAAAAUAUUCUUACUACACCACUUUAGAAGCAGCACCAAGUGGAUUCGAUAGCGGAAAGACGCCAACAUUGGUAGAUAAAUGGAAUCACGUAUCUUCAGAUGGUAGGAUCAACUUAAUGUUUUCGAAUACGAGCCCAAAUAAACUCCUUAUGAGAGUAGUGACACAGCCGUACUUACAGGAUUUAGAAGUAAUAGAUUUCUUUGCGUUGAAGAGUACCUUUGCCGGGUUUAAUCAUGAACCUUUUCAAUUUUCAGCUAAAGCACCGUCAAUAUCGUGCAAAUAUCUCAUAAAGAAAGAUGAUAAUACUAUUGUGAUGAAAAGAUUUCAACUAGGAUUUCACAACGGAGUUGAUUUUGUGCAAGCAACCGAUAUCCUUCAAAAACUAGGGUUUGUAGUGAAGCCAGCAGUAACAACAAGGAGCAAUACCGUCCUAUCACCAUCGCAAUCUUUUUUCUUUAACCCAAAUCAAACAGCAGCGUUUCCUCCUGAACAACAGGUUUGUUCAGCUAAUUAUCAGUUUUACAAUCAACAUCAGGUGAAAAAUCCGCAUUGGCAAAAUUCACAACAGAGCUUCCUUCAAACAGCCACCAACAUGGAUUUUGUUUUAUCUCAGAGUACUCCACUACCAGCACCGAGAGUUCCUUUGUUUAAUGAGCAGAUGCAAAAUCUCGUCACUCAACAGACGCCUGAACCUUCCAUCGAGAAAGAACAGGAACAGAAUAACGACAUCACCAAAGAAAAAAACUAUAAGGGUGAAUUGAAACUGGAAAAUCCAACGUCAAAGUUAACCCUUGAAGUUCCUACAGCUGUCACAGUUGUGGUGGAUACAUUGGAGACAAUAGUGGAAGAUGCGUUACUGGGGAGAUCGGUAGUUAAACCCUCUAAAGAAGAGGCUGUGGUUGCAGGAGGUUGUGUUACCUGUCCAGUCGAUGGAGCGAUAGAGGAAGUUACUGGUACUUCCGCUUGCUGGGUAAUAAAAUCAUCAGGCACAUAG